AUGGCUAGAGCAUGGCUCGGGCAAGACGGGGAGUGGGAAAUCGACGCUGGUGAAGUUAUUGUACGAGCAAAAGAAAACCAAGGAACUACUUACUCAAUGAUCUGGAAACAUCCCGCCGUCUGUGGUCAAGUUCUUUUUUACGCUCUUGGUGUUGAUGAGCAAAAAUCUCAAGAGGGCCUUGUUCGAGCUCUUUUGUACCAAAUUAUUACUGCUGAACCCACCCUCAUCCCAACAUUACUCCCCAACAUGUGGCAGGAGGCACAAAUAUCAGAGUACAUACAACUGUCGCUCCCAUCUAUAGGAGAAUCAGCAGGAGCAUUCUCCAUUCUACACAAAGCGCUGGGAAUAUCACGCAAAUUUAAUUUCUUCAUUGAUGGCCUAGACGAGUUCGCAGGAAAUCCCGUGCACGCCGUUCUGUGUAUUGAGCGACUUGUGUUGAACGAGAAUAUUAAAGUUCUCGUCUCCAGUUGGUUACUUUCUGCAUGUGUCCAGGCAUUUUCACAUAAUCCCACACUUCAACUACAAGAGCUUACUUUACAAGAUAUUUUCACCCAUGUAAACGAUGCUAUCGGUGCCGACCCGUACUAUCAGGUCCUCAGUUCUCUCGAGGGGCAAAAGGCAAAUGGAAUUCUCUAA